CCCAAAAAAAAAAAAAAAAAAAAAAAAAAAAAUCCUUCGUUCCAGUCAGCGACUGCAUGUAGGCUUAGAACCACAAACAUACCAAUUUGAAGAAAGCAAAAGUUACCCAUUAAUUUUCCUUGGGUACUAAGGUGAGUAUCAUAAUUAAAGAGUAUUUCUUUUGCCAAUCUUAGAAGCGAAAACCAAUUUUGGUUCAUUGGGUGCCGACCAGAUAAAGAGCUUUUUAGAAACAGGAGAAAAGAGGGGCUGAGAGCAAGAGAAACAAACAGAUAUGGCUGCAAAUGUCUUGUUUUUGUGCAGUUCAAAAGUAAUCCAUGGCUGCAAAAAGAAUGACAGAUCAUAUCCCAGAUCAUUCCUAGGUGAUGGACAAAGGAUACUGGUUCAACUCACUGGAAAGGGAAAUCAAAACCGCCGUUGUUAUGAAGAGAACGAUUCAUCUCAUCGGUUUACUGUUUACGCUGUUAGCAAAGGUUCUGCAGAGUCUAGCAAGUCUGAAGAAACACUGCCCUCUUGGGCCAAACCCGAAUCAGACGAGCCGCCUCCUUGGGCGCGGGAUGAAGGAAAGAAAGACGCAUCAGAAAGUGGAUUUGAAGUUCCAUUUUUCGUUUAUUUACUUGCCUCGGCGGUCACUGCAAUUGCGGCUAUAGGUUCUAUUUUCGAGUAUGUAAACCAAAGGCCUGUCUUCGGAGUAGUGAACCCAGAUAGCAUAUUCUAUGUUCCACUGCUCGGAUUUUUCACCUUUACCGGCCUUCCUACCUCUGCAUUCUUGUGGUUCAAAUCUGUUCAAGUUGCUAACAAGGAAGCUGAGGAGCAAGAUAGGAGAGACGGCUAUCUGUAGGGCCUUUAACCCUGAGAUGCCCUAUAAAGUGUGAACUCUUUACAGAUUCGGUUAUUUUUUUACUGUAUAAUUGUCGUAGUUCUAUAAUUUUCUUAUUUGAGAAAUACUAGCUACAAAUUGUAAUGCAUUCCACAGUGUUUUGCAUGUAAAACAAUGGAAGAGUAAAUUUUGUUCUAUUUAGGAAAUUGAGUGUGACAAAGCCGACACGAAUUCAUAUUUUAUAAUUGUGCAAUACCAGUACUUUUGUGAUAUGAGA